UUAAACGAACCAAGAUUUUUGCCUUUUAAAUAAAGAAUAGUAAAAAGACCCGGUUACAAAUAAACUAAUGCUCAAAAUUUGAGCACAGUUUUACUGAGUUAAGAUCACAAUUUCACCGACUUUGCUAUUUCCAGUUUUUAGAAUUCACUGUAGCUAAUAUAGAAUGAAAAACCUGUUAUCCCCCCACAUCCCCUAUUUCCCCAUCCUAAUUUUGCGAAUAUGAAACCCACUUUAACAUGGAAGUGAGGGAGGGAGGGGUGGGUGAGAUGAACUGACCAUUUCUUAUAUCGAUUGCAGCCAUUUCACCAAGAGCAUUGCCAACUACAACAAAUCUAACAAAAUGAAACAUAAAGUUUAGAAAUUCAUUAUGUCCUCUUCUACAACCCAAGAAAUCCUUUGUCAGCAAAGUCAGCAAACACAAAAAUAUUUACAUAGUGGGAAUAAAAAGUCAGAUCUUUUUGAAAACAUUGAAAACAUCAUCUUAAAACGGGUUUUGAAGUAUUGUAGCUUCACCAGCUCGGCCAUAACAAAAGCUAAAGACAUGAAGAAAAAGUCUGGCAAAGGGAAAGAAAAGAAAUUGAAAAGAAAAGAGGAACAAGCAAAGAUUUCUGCUGCACAAUUGAUUGUGGAUGCUGCCAACAAUGUUGAUGAUCUCAUGAAACCACUCAGUCCAUUUACUAAAUAUGAUAGAAAUGGUCUGAAAGUUUCAAUAAAAUGUAUCAAGAUAUGUGACAUGAACAAGGAUGAUUUUGACUGGGCUUUUCAACUUACCAAAACCAACAUGCAAGUGUUGUAUGAAAAGUCAUCUUGGGGUUGGAAUGACAAGAAGAAACAUGAAGAAAUGAGUGAAGAUAAUGCAUGGUACUUGAUUGCUGCUGAUGAAAAUGGAAAAUCUGUUGGUCUUUCACAUUUUCGAUUUGAUCUUGAUAAUGAUGUGGAAGUCCUCUACUGCUAUGAAAUUCAGCUGGACAAGAGUGUGAGGAAUAGAGGACUUGGCAAGUUUCUUAUGCAAAUUUUACAAUUACUGGCGCACAGAUAUAAAAUGAAAAAGGUUAUGGUUACUGUUUUCAAAGAUAAUGAAAAAGCAAUGGAUUUUUUUACGAAACUUUUAAAGUUUGAAAACGACGAGACGUCGCCUCGAUAUUAUGAUCCACUAAACCCCGAAGAUUAUUGCUAUGAAAUAUUGAGCCGACCUGUCUCAAAAUCUUCGUCAUAAUAAGACCAUCGAUGUUGUAUAUUUCAAGACGUUGUUACUCUUCGAUAAAUUGACAUUGUCCUGGAUCCUACUCAUUUCAUAUUUGGCAAAAUCAAAGUUUCUGUGAAACACAGAAGAAGUGGACGUAGCUAUGUAGCGAGAAUUGUGUGUCUUGGUUCUAAAAUUUCUUCCUCGAUGCACGUUUUCUAAGAACUUGCGUCAUUUUCAUAAAAGUAAAAAAAAAUAAAGUCGAAACCCCAGGUGUUAGGUUGAACAUUGA